CCCGGUGCCCAGUGCCCACCACUCCACUCUCGCCGCACGCGCUCACUUGGAGCAUCCGAUACUCAGCCAGGCCAGUGAUACGCGGCGUCGGCGGCGGCCAUGCCGCUGUCGUUGCCGUCUUCGGCCGCCGUGGUCGCGGCGCUGCCGCGGGCGCUCUCGCUCUCGGCCGCGGCCGUCGCGGCGGCCACCACGUCCCUCCUCCUCAUAUCCGCCGUCGUCCCCCGCUCCCACCUUGUCCCCUCAUCCUCCUCAUCACCGCCGCUCCCCCCGUCCGCCAGCGCAUCCACAACCGCCUCCCAAGCCCCGGCGCCCGCUCCGGACCCCGAGCACCACCACCCCCCGCCGCCCCCGCCCGUUCCCCCGUGCCCGCCCAACGCCACCCACCUCGUCCCCUGCCACGAGGCCCCCUCCGGCGAGCGCCACUGCCCUCCUCGCCCGCCGCCUCCUCCGCACCCGCCCAAGGACCCCCCGCCGCACCCUCCGCCGCCCCCGCCGCAGUGCCGCGUCCCGCCGCCGCCGGGGUACCGCCCGCCCCCGCCGUGGCCCGCGCGGCGUGAGCGCGCGCGGUACGCGAACGUGGAGCUCCCGCUGCUGCCCUCGGCCAAGGUGGCGGCUGACCAGGACCCAGUCCGCGGUGCCGGGGAGUGGCUGGUGUUCAACAAGGGCAAGGGGUUGCGGAAUUACGUCGACCAGCUGGCGCGCGUGGUGCCGCUCCGCGGCGGCGUGGUACGCACGGCUCUGGACAUCGGCUGCGGGGUUGCGAGCUUUGGGGACGACCUGCUGAACUAUGGCGUACUGACCAUGUCCAUUGCUCCGAAGAAUAGAUAUGGAGCACAAGUGCAGCUUGCGUUGGAGCGUGGACUGCCUGCGAUGAUCGGAGUGCUUGUCGCUCAGAGGCUACCAUAUCCAUCACGGUCCUUCGACAUGGUGCACUGCGCGGACUGCUUUGUUCCAUGGACUGCUCAUGAUGGCCUCUAUAUGCUGGAAAUUGACCGCCUUCUCCAACCCGGUGGCUAUUGGGUUUUCUCUAGGCCACCCGUCAGCUGGAAAUAUGGAUACAAUAUUUCAAAUCAAGCGACCAAAGACAAGGAUAAGCAAUUAACUAUGGAUGAUAUCGCGAAUAAGCUUCAUUGGACAAAGCUGUCUGAGAAGGGCACGAUUACUGUUUGGAGAAAGCCAACUUGUCAUCUCCACUGUGACCAAUCAAAGCUCUUAGGAUCAUCACCACUCUGUAGAGAAGACCCAGAUAGUGCUUGGUAUAUGAAUAUUUCAAUGUGUGUAACAUGUCUUCCAAGGGCUGAACAUGCUAAUGGUUGUGCUGAUGGUGCCAUGGAAAAGUGGCCUAAAAGACUUGAUGCAGUGCCACCAAGGAUAUCCAGUGGGGAAAUGAAGUUGUCCAUUCAGACAUAUAAGCAUGACAGUUUGAUUUGGGAGAAAAGGGUUAAUUUCUAUGUAACGUAUCUAAAAUAUUUAUCAAAUGGAACAUACAGAAAUGUCAUAGACAUGAGUGCUGGUUUUGGUGGAUUUGCAGCUGCUAUGUCCAAGUAUCCAGUUUGGGUCAUGAAUGUCAUUCCUACUAAUGUAACAGAAAAUACUCUUGGUGCCAUCUAUGAGCGUGGAUUGAUUGGAACAUACACAGACUGGUGCGAGGCCUUCUCUACUUAUCCACGGACAUAUGAUCUAAUACAUGCUAAUGGAAUCUUCAGUUCACAUAUUCACAAAUGCGGGAUUAUUGACAUUCUGGUUGAGAUGGACCGCAUUCUCCAGCCAGGGGGCGCCGCUAUAGUUCGGGACAGAGCUGAUGUUGUUCUUCAAGUUAAGAAGGAUGCAGACCGUCUACAAUGGCAUAGUCGAAUCGUUGACACUGAAAAUGGGCCCCUUGAUCCUGAGAAGCUUCUCAUCGUGGACAAUUCCCUCCCACUACCAGGGAGCUAAGUGAGCAGCGAGAACCAGGGUCAGCAACCCCUUCAUGUUCAUGACAACGAGUUCUAGGUCUUAUCAUGUUAGAAGAAAAGUGGGCUGAGAUCUUCAUUACCUGUACAGAAGAAGAUUAUAAAGACGACUAGGGUGUUGUUACCUGUACAUAUGAAGGGUAUAAGGCUAUUCUACAGUCAGAGAUUCAGAACUACAGAUCCACAUAUGUCCAGUCCAAUAUAUUUGAGCCACUGACUCCACUGGACCGUCUGGACGCCCUUUCUUCGCUCCAAUAUGCAGCCUGAUUUUCCGAAGCUCUGACGACUAGCUGUGCAUCUGGAACCAAUCAAUCUCGACUCUCUGUACAGAUGUCUGUAUUGACUCGCAUUUGUAUAGCAGCUGUACUUAUCUUGUGAGCGGUGAUGUACAUGCGAGAGGAGUUAGACUUUUCUGUAUUUGAAUUUGCCUUGGUUUGGUCGCUAAGCAAUCUACAGGUUGUACUGCAUCGUGUAGAAAGGCCUUGAUUGGCAGCUGCCAAUUUUCACCUGGUCCUUGUAACUUUCCGAGUUCAGACCGGGGUUCCUGUUUGGAUUGGGGUGUUGUACAAGCAAAGGGAAGGGGCAGGUCGAGUCGUGACAUGAUUUUCUUACGGCAUAAUCAUAAUACCGGUUAUUAUUUCCGCAUGCGGGUCGUCUUCUCCUCACCGAAAGUAGUGAUGGCUUGAUGUUGAUGGGAUUCGAGGGCACAAGUUUGCUGUUCCCUCUUCUUUCCGGGGCAAUAUGUAAUUUGCAAGUUGAUGGCAGUGCGAAUGGUGGUUGCUUUGCUUUGCUUUUAGCAGUUUCUGUAAAUGUUCCAAAAUGCAACGCAGCUUCGCUUUCAUUCUUCCGAUUCUCAUUUCAGAGCUCCAGUUUUUUAGCUUAACUCCACAGCUGGCAGCUCUAGCUUCCCACAUCCGUCUGUCCGCUAACUCGCUCGAGGCGCUGUCUCUCGACUUUUCCUCUCGCUACAGUAGAAGAGGUGAAUUCGAGGUGACUUCCCCUCCGGCACCGGAUCCGCCGCCUCUCCACCGCGUCAGGCUGCCUCUUAGGCGCCGGAGGUGAUGGAGAGCGGUAGAUCCGGUGGCCGGUGUACAUAUUCCUUCUAUCUAGUCUCAUCCUAGGUAGGGUAGGAUGGUUUUCCCCUCCGGCAUCGGUGUCGGAUUGGGGCUUUUGCUCGCCGGGACUCAAUCAUGGCGGGGAUUUCGAGUUCGUCGAGUUUCCUGCUGCGGUGGAGGCCAGGUGCAUCUGCUCUACUCUAAUAAUGGGGGAGUCGACAGUUGUUCUCUUCCCCUGGUUAGAGUUUGCCUUGAGUUGGGUAGCCGGAUGUUCUUCGGGGAUGUUCUUGGGCGACGCCAUCUCUGUGGUCUAUCUUCUUGCGAAGGGGAUGGAUCUAAUUUGCUCCCCCGUGAGCUUUUCCUUCUGCGUUGGCGGCUCUGUCGUCGGCGCCAGACUCCUGUUCCGGUCACUGGUGUCUUCACCAGUGAUGGUGGAUCGCUUGCUGCUCUUCCUCGAUCUCGACGAUGAUGGCCGAUGUGAUUGGGAGACCGUUUACUCGGCAUCGAUGCCUGGCAGUAAGUCCUCCUCUGUGGUUUCUUCCACAAACUGGGGGUCUCGUCGGGUGGCUUGGGCGAGCUGCUCUUUUGGACGGUGUGCUUCUUCCCCGACGCUGGCGGAUUCAGAAGAGGUGCGAUGUCCAGGAGCUAUGCAUGAAGAUCCAAGAACUUUAUUCUUAAAUUUGAAUGAUUUGAGGGUCUUGUACGCAAAUUUGCAUCUCUGGAGGAUGGGGAUGACGGAUUUUAUUGUAAAUUUCUUUUCCUCCAGAGUGCUCGUUGUAAAAGCCGGGCUUUUAUAAAAUGGGAUCCAGGCCCCUUGGCAAAAAAAAUACUUGCUGAAA